AUAAAAGGUUAUAACUAUUUUACAAGAUGAUGACUUUGAGAAUUUUGUUAAUGGAUUAGUAAAUAGAAUUGAUGGUACACUUAAUCUAUUGGAAACAUGGAUGGAAAUGUGGUUGCAUUUACCAUUAAGUAUAUGCAAAUUAGAAGUUAUAAAUUUGCAUAUAGUUAUUUAAAUACUAUUAUAGGAUUACCUUGGAAAUAUAUUUUAAGUCUUAAAGAAUUAUGCUAUGCAAAACAACUUAAACUAGAUUUAGAAAAUCAAAAAGUAUUUAAUAACUUUGGCUUGCAUAUGCCAUUGGAUAAUCUAUUAUUUAAAGAAAAAUUUAUAAACUUUACAUAUUCACCUAAUUUACCAAUAUAUGAAUUUCCAUUAUUAUAUGAAUUUGUUAAAUCUUAUUUACAUGAAGAAAGAAAAAGAAUAAGAAUGGAGAAUAUUAAUGAAGAUAAUAGCUUAAAUUAUAGUAUACAUGCUGCCCAAAUUAUUUUGGGAUGCUAUAAUUAUAAUUUGGGAUGCCAUAAUUCAUUCGUCCAAAAUAAUUUGGGUGGCAUGUAUAAUUAUAGAGUAGAAGAGACUGAUAGAUUAUUUAAUGAAUUGUUUGUUAAAAAGAAAAGAAGCUAA